CUUAUGCAAUGGUUGAGCUGGAGACAAAGGACUCUUGGAUUUGGUUUUUACAGUUGUUGUGCAAGGAUCUGAGCUGUGAGAAUAAUGGUAGAGGCUGGAUAUUCAUAAGUGAUAAGCAAAAAGGUUUGAAACCUGCAUUACAAGAGGUGGUUCCAUCUGCACAGAUCAGGUUUUGUGCACGACAUUUGUGGACUAACUUCACCAAGAAGUUUCCUGGAAAAGUUAUGAAAGAUCAGAUGUGGAAGUGUGCAAAGGCAACAACUUUGCCUUAUUUUCAGAAGGAGAUGGAGGAGAUGAAGACCCUUGAUAAGGAUGCUUAUAAAUGGUUGUCAGAGCCCGAGAGGCCCCCAAAACAUUGGUCAAGGGCAUACUUCCCUGCUGGUUAUGAUUGUGACAUGCUCAUCAACAAUGGUUGUGAGAGUUUCAAUGCAUUGAUCUUGGACGCAAGGGGCAAGCCCCCUGUCACUAUGUUGGAAGAGAUAAGGCUGAAGCUAAUGAGGAGGAUUCGUACUCGAAGGGAUAAAAUGGAGGCUUACCAUGGAAAUGUAUGCCCCAAAGCAAGGAAUAUCAUUGAGAAGAAUAAGGUGAAAGCUGCGGAGGAUUGCAUCCCAACAUUCAAUGGUGGUGGCAAAGCUGAGAUUGAGAAUAUUGAAGGCACCAAAAAUGUUGUGGACACUAACUUGAGGACUUGCACUUGCCGAAGAUGGGAAUUAACCGGCAUCCCUUGCAAACAUGCCAUUUGUGCAAUUAAUGGCAUGAGGGCUGAACCCGAUGACUACAUUGCUCCUUGCUAUCUCAAGAAGACGUACAUGAGUAUCUACAGUCACCUCAUUCAGCCAGUUAAUAGCAUGGACAUGUGGUCCAAUGGUGAUGGUCCAAGUAUCCUACCUCCACAAUAUACAAGGCAGCCUGGUAGGCCGAAGACAAAAAGGAUUAAGGAUGUUUCAGAGGUGGUCAUCAAUGGUACUGGAAAAAUUGGAAGAAUACAAAGAUCCCUCAAGUGUAGCAACUGUGGCCAAGAAGGUCACAAUAUGAAAACCUGUCAAAGACAUUUGCCAAGUAAGGGAAAGAAGACUUCAGCUGCCGGUAUUAAGAAGAGGAAGCUCAACACUAAUGAGGGAGAAACUUCCCAAAAUAUGUCAAAGAAAGGGCAAAAAGCACCUAUGACUGCAAAUGAGUUGAGGCAAAAAGCCAAGGAGAGGGUUGAGUAUCAAAGGAAAAAGAUGGCUAACUUGAGGGCAGCAAGGCUUGAUGCAAACAGACCUGCAAGUGGAAGGCCUCCAAAAUCUAGUAGUGAAAAUACAAGACCAAGGCCUCCAACUGCCCCAAAUGCCUUUACAACAUCAAGACCCGUACAAGCUACAUCUGCCAGCAUGAGUUCAAGGCCUGUACAGCCUUCUACGGCAUCAAGAGACAAGGUUGCAACACCAUCAAGGUCUUCACAAAGGAUCAAGAACAAUUCAGGUAAAGGAGAUGGAAAUUAGUUAUUGAAAUGGAAGAUUAGACAUCCUCUUGUUUUGGGCAACCUUGUGCUGUGUCACUUGGUUGCUAGCUCUAAUCUUUUGAUAAGAUGAUUAGAGCUAUGUUAGUUUGCUGAACCAUUGAGGAUGUAAUGCUCUAAUUUUUGUUUUUGGUAAAUUAGAGCUUUGUUUUAGGGCUAGAUUAUGCUGCAAAAACUUUGUAUUUUUGGGACCAUUAUGAAUGAAGGAAAGUUGCUGUUUUCAUUGUA